GGUAAAGAGUAGAGAGGCACACGCAGAAGAGGGAAGAGGUCGGGUUGUGGAACGGAUAGAGCGGUAGUGGCUCUGGCAGCAGCAACACGUAGUACACGGUAGCACCGCGACGAGAACGCACACGGUUUAUACCACGUCGCUUUAGUAGUCGGUAGACUCGCUUCGAGCCAGUUUCACUCGGUCCAGUGGCGCAGUCGCGUUACACGUAUAUAUUUUUUUCGUAUCUUCAACUACUACCAGCAUCAUCACUACUACAUCACCAUUACCAAUUACUACCAACGUCGUUGUUACCACCACCUGCACCAUUGAGUGUGUCAACAUACAUACGUAAACGUCAGCAGGAUCACCGAGUCAUCGGGUUGCUCCUGGGAAAUAAGUUACAGAAGAAAACGUAUAUAUCUUCGAGACGGCGCGAGAAUGAAGCUGUGGUGGAGUUUGGCGCUGGUCGGUGUCGCCCUCUUGAUGAUCAUUGUUACCGCCAGAGCGGAAUCUGAUCUCUGGGAAGAAGACGAUAAGGAAGUACUUGUGCGAACCGUUCGUGGCACUAAAGAACGAGCAUCCGGCAGUACUUCGUCGUGCAGAUACGUGAAGGGUCAAUGGUCGGAGUGCGACUCGAAAACCAACACUCGGUCCCGAACACUGAAUCUUAAAAAGGGCGACAAGUCGUGCGAGCAGACCAAGACCAUCCAGAAAAAAUGCAAAAAAGCUUGCCGGUACGAAAAGGGCACGUGGAGCGGAUGCGUGAAUCAGCUGAUGACAAGAGUGGACAAUUUAAAAGCGAACAGUGAUACUUCAUGCGAAAAAACGCGUCGAUUGACCAAGAGGUGUAAACCGGAAACCAACACCAAAAAAUCACCCAAAGGAGAACGAGCAAGCAAGAAGUCGGGUAAACAAUAAACGAGGAAAAUUGUCGAUCAAUCACUUAAUGGAGUACGCAGCGAUCUGUUCCAUAACAGGCAACGAAAAUACUAUCUUGUCUUUUUCACGUGAACUCUAAUUUUCAAAUGAACAGAGAAGGAAUGUAUUUUAAGUAUUGACAAUGAUUAUAAUUGAAAAAGAAAUUUCAAUACGAUCAUAAAAUCUGACUUUUAAACGUUUGAACGUUACUGUCAGUACUUGCUCCAUCGAUAAUAAUUAUCGAUUACAUGUUGGCUAUUUUCAGAAUUACUUCCAUUAUAUGUGGCCAAAUAUUAAUAAUCGCUAUACGAAUAUAUUAAAGAGUGGAUAGCUGGAUUCAAUAAUGUUUUCUUUUUUUUUUUUUACAAUUCUGUCAACUCUGUAAUUGCUGUGUAUCGAUUUAUUUAUGAAUAUUACCGAUCUUGUCCUCGAUACAGUGACAUAAUUAAAUCAUUAAAAAUUAUUAAUUAUUCUUUGAUACUAUCAUGAAUUUUUUUUCUUUCUUUUGUUAAAAAUAAUCUUUUGUCAAUUUUAAAUAAGUAAUCAGAUAAAUAUAAUAUAUAGUAAAUUGUAAAUAUAAUUGGCAAAAUAUAUAUCUUAUAUGAAUUAUUAUUUUUUUAAAGAAAUAAUUUUUUCUUUUUUUUCUAUGUUUUAUAAAAUUACGAUUAUUAUUAUUAUAUUAUGCUACUGUAUCGAUGAUGAAACGUUUCAUGACAUGAUAAUUGUAUAGUAAUACACUGUGGUAAAACUUUUAGUAUCAAGAAUCAACACGAAAUGACUGCCGUUGAGAUUCUUUAUAAAAUAUAUUCUUGCUAGAAUAUAUGCAUCGUUACGAACCCAUACGAAUUUUCAACGUUGUACGAUUAUCAAUUAUAGCAUAAUAGAAAUUCCCAAUUAGAAAUAGUUUAUAUUUCUUUUAAAAUACGUCGACGGAUAAAAAAGAAGAAGAAAGACAAGUGGACGAUCGACGGUCUCUAUAUAAAAUGCCCGUUAACUUUGUCUUCCUCUAAAAAAA